GUGGCGGUGGGAUCCAGAUUCAUGGAAGUACAGAGGAGACCAUGGAUUUGUUCAGCAGCAGCUUCCUGAAAAUCUGUAUCCACAACUUCUAAUUCUUCGUACCUUUUCAACUUCCCCUUCCUCGUCUCUUCUUUUUGGAUCUUCGUCUCACCCAUCUAUGGAUUCUCGUCUCAACUUUUUGCUUCUUUUUGCGGCUGCAUUUUCAUUCUCCAGCUGCCUUGCACAAAGCAAUUCGGUUAGUGGCCGGAAGGGUUUAAGGGACCAAAUGGUUAACAGUGGACAUUUGAGCUACUCAAAUCAUUUUGAAAGAAUCGACCCGUCACGAGUUGUCCAAAUCUCUUGGCAACCAAGGGUUUUCUUGUAUAAAGGCUUUCUCUCAGAUGAGGAGUGUGAUCACCUUAUUGCUUUGGCUUCAAACUCUGAAGAUAAACCUUCUAGGAGCAAUGCUGGUUCCAGGAACACUGUCUCAACCAAAUUUCUAGGCAAUUCAGGAGCCGUUUUAAACACAACAGAUGAUAUCAUUGCCAGGAUUGAAAAUAGAAUUGCGGUGUGGACUUUUCUCCCAAAAGAUCAUAGCAUGCCUUUCCAGAUUAUGCAAUACGGGGGUGAAGAAGCAGCAGGGCAUAAGUACUUUUUUGGCAACAGAUCUGCAAUGCCAUCCAGUGAACCGUUGAUGGCCACGGUAGUUUUGUAUCUAUCAGAUUCGGCUAGCGGUGGUGAGAUUCUGUUCCCAGUAUCAAAGGUAAAGAGAAGAUUUUGGUCAGACCGGAGAAAGAAAAACAACUUUCUGAGACCAGUGAAAGGCAAUGCAGUUCUUUUUUUCUCUGUUCAUCUUAAUGCUUCUCCAGACAAGAGUUGCUACCAUUCCCGAACGCCAAUACUCGAUGGGAAAUUGUGGGUUGCUACAAAAUUCUUCUACAUAAGACCAGCAGCCACUGGGAAUGAACACGCAGUUGAAUCCGGUGUAGACGACGACUGCAUUGAUGAAGAUGAAAGCUGCCCCAAAUGGGCUGCCAUCGGCGAAUGCAAACGAAACGCAGUGUUCAUGAUCGGUUCUCCAGAUUACUAUGGCACAUGUAGAAAAAGCUGCAACGCAUGUGGAUAAAUAACCAAGUAAUUCUUUACCCUUACUGAUUUGAGCAACUUUUUGUUUAUUUUUUCCUAUUUUCUUUUCUCCUUUUGUUAUUUAUUCAUUUCAUCACAUCCGUAAUGGAAAGAUGGAACCUGGAAUCUUUUAAAGGAAUUAGAAAGUGCAUUAGCUAUUGAACCUGGAA